AUGUCAAGAAAUAGCUAUGGUGGUUCCAUGCCCCCAAUUCCCAAAAGAUGUCAUUGUGGGUUUGUUGUAACCAAAAUCAGAGCCUGGACAAGGGACAACCCUGGUAGAAGGUUUGUAGCAUGCCCUGACUACGAUGCUGAGACUGAUACAAGGGGGUGCAAGUUAUUCAAAUGGUGUGAUGUUGAAGAGCCUAUAGAGUGGCAAAAAAAUGUGAUUUUGGGGUUAAUGGAGGAGAAGCAGGAGCUUAGAAGGGAAGUGAUGUUGCUGAGGCACAAUUUGAAGACAGCAAAUGAGAAGGCAAGGAAGAUUGAAUCAAAAUAUAUCAUGCUGAAAAUGAAGAAGGGUGGAUUUAUGUGUGUUAGGGCUUGGAUUUGUGUACUCCUUGUUGUUCUUGUUUGUUUAUGGUACAAUAUAUAA